AUGAGACGCAUCUCUCGCAUUUUCGGUGGCAGCUCUGAUCCCGUCCCUGCUUCGUCCGAAACGGUGCAUAGCUCCGCUGAACCCCUGAAACAGAGUAUUGCAGAGCGGUCUAUCGAUGAGGCUCGUCCGCUGAGACUUAUUGUUAUCGGAGCCGGUAUUUCUGGAAUCCUUUCCUGCAUUCGGUUCAGACAGCGCAUUCCGAACAUUAAUAUCUGCAUUUAUGACAAAAAUGAAGAUAUUGGGGACAUCCCCGCGCAUACCUACCAAGCUUCCUUUGAACCAAACAAGGAGUGGUCUGCAUUCUACGCCAGCGCGCCAGAGAUCCACCAGUACUGGAAACAUGUCGUGGAUAAAUACGGCUGCAUGGAGUCUAUCAAAUUAAGACAGCUGGUGACGUCGGCUACAUGGAAUGAAAAAAGUUCCAAAUGGCAACUUCAGAUCGACGAUUUGAGCAAUGGCUCGACAUAUGCCGAUGCAGGCGAUAUUGUCAUCCAGGGGACUGGCUCUCUAAAUAAUUGGAAGUGGCCCAAUAUUCCUGGUUUGCAUGACUUCAAGGGGAAGUUGCUUCACAGCGCGCGUUGGGACGAGCAGUAUGAUUACUCGGAAAAACGUGUCGCGGUCAUAGGAAAUGGCUCAAGUGGUAUUCAGAUUGUUCCAGGGCUGCUGCCAAAGGUGUCGCGCAUUGACCAUUACGUUCGGACCCGCACUUGGGUAUCACCUACUUUUGCGCGAGAUCAUAUUGAGAAGCAUGGCAAUGGGGAGGACAACUUCGCUUUCUCGGCCGCGGAUAUUGAGGAGUUCAAGAAUGAUCAUGACGCAUAUCAGACAUUCCGAAAAGGCGUGGAGUUAGAGCUACAGUCCAUUCAUGAGGCAACCCUCACAGGAACACCCAUGCAGCUCGGAGCACAUGACGUCUUCGUGGAGAACAUGAAGAGACGACUAGCAAAGAAACCAGAGCUCAUAGACGAACUCAUUCCAUCAUUCCCACCUGCCUGCAGACGCCUGACUCCAGGGCCCGGCUACCUCGAGGCGUUGACCGAUGAAAAGGUGGACGUCAUCAAGUCCGAGAUCAUCAAAAUUGACGAAGAAGGCAUCAUCACAGCAGACGGUCAACACCGACCCGUCGACGCGAUCGUUUGCGCAACCGGGUUCGACACGACCUGCACUCCUCGAUUCCCCAUCAAGGGUCGCAACGGAGUGCUGCUAUCCGAACGAUGGAAAGAAACGCCCGAGACAUACAUCUCAAUUGCGACAGAUGGAUUCCCGAACUAUUUCAUCUCGCUAGGUCCGAAUGCGAGUCUUGGGGAAGGAAAUCUUCUUUUGCUCAUUGAGAAGGAGGUUGACUAUUUCACACAGUGUGUGGCUAAGAUGCAGCGAGACAAUAUUCGAGCUAUGGUCCCACGACGUGACGCUGUUCGUCGCUUUACGGGGUAUUGCGAUGAGUAUUUUAAGCGGACUGUGUUUGGGGGUAAGUGUCGUAGUUGGUAUAAGGGUGGUACUGAGGGGGGCCGAAUUAUUGCUCUGUGGCCUGGAUCGUCUCUGCAUGCGAUGAAAGUGUUUGAACGGCCUCGAUGGGAGGACUUUGAGUAUGAGUAUCUUGAUGAUAACCCGUUCGGGUGGAUCGGGGAUGGAUGGACGGAGAACGAGAAGUAUGGAAGGAUCAAUGUCGACUAUCUAGAUGACGACCAGGUGGAUUUCCCCGCCCCCAACUCGAUUUGA